AAAAAAUGGAUGCCUUGCAAAUUAUAAUUUAGCUGAAUUUUAUGAAUUAGGAAUCAGUGUAGAUAAAGAUAUAAAUAAAGCAUUUGAAUCCUAUAAAGAAUCAGCAGAAAAUGGAUGUGUAGAUGCAAUAUUUAGACUUGGAUAUUAUUAUGUAAAUGGUAUUGGAACUGAGGUUAAUAAAGAAAAAGGAUUUGAAUUAUUUAAUUAAGCAGCUGGUAGAAAUGUACUACCAAAUAAUUUAGAAGAAAGUGUAGUAAGUGAUAUGGAUAAAGCGAAUUAUUGGUAUCAUAAAGCAGCAGAAAAGGAAAAUAAAAUUGCAUUAUAUAAAUUAGGUGAAUGUUAUGAGUUAGGUAAAGGUGUUUGUCAAAAUGAAAGGCAAGCAUUUGAAUUUAUAAAAGAUCAGCUGAACAAGGAUUUAUUGAUGCUCAUUACAAACUUGGGAAUAUUUACUGUCAUGGAUAUGAAAUUGAUAAAGAAAAAGCAUUUGAUUUAUAUAAAUUUGCUGCGGAAGGAGGAAAUAUUGAUGCACAGCUGGCUCUUGCAUCUUUAUACACACGAUGCGAAGGUACUGAAAAAAAUAUAGAAAAAGGCUGUUUAUUGGUAUAAGAAAGCUAAUGAAACCUUGAAGGAGGAGUAUUUAGACACCCUUUUAAAUAUAUUAACCUCAGAUUAAUAUUAUUUAUGAUCAUCUUUGUAUUAUUUUACUUUAUUAUUUACUCAUUAUUUGUUAAAAUAUUAAAUAAUAAAUACUUAUAAUUUA